AUGUUGAGCAGAGAGUCCUGUGACCUGGCACUUAACGUGACACAGGAUCUCAUCUCCACGUUCUCUAGAGACUUGGACGCGCUUCUCACCAUAACAUCACAGAUAUUCAAGUUGUUCAUCAGCCUUGUCAAGGAUCGCGGCGGCAGAGGAUGUGUCAAGGAGCUGAAGGAGAGUUUCCAGACCAUUUCAAAGAAAGAAUCAAAGGUAUUCAAGAGCUGUAUGACGCUGCCAUUUCACAAGCAGGUCGAGCUAAAAGAAGGAAGUAGUCUCUUUCCACAACGAAUACCAGAAUGCAUUUCAUGA